AUGAUGAUUUGCGCCGUAAAGAAAUUACCUUACAAAUUAAAAAUGUUAUCCAGAGCUAUGGCGACUCCGUCUACAACUCAAAAAAUGGAAGACUACUUUCCCGGCAAAAAAAUCAUCGUCACAGGAUCAGGCACUGGUUAGUCUUAGAAAAUAAUAUAUAAAAUAUUCCGGAAAUAAACUGAUAAAAUAUCAUUGGUCCCAUAGAUGAAGAGUUUAGUUUUAUUUUAUUUUAUAUAAUGGUGACUUAUGUAAUUUUAUCCCCUUUACUUUUUGGUCUAAAUAACAUAAGUAGGUAUGUAUAUUUUAACACAUGUUAUACUGUAACUAUGUCGUACAUUCGGGUUGGUGAAAAAACGUAAGUUAUAAUAUAACAUUAGCCAUUUAGACACUUGCAUUUAUGUUAGGCCAUUUAGCAAUUUUUAAAAUUAAAUUUGCUUAUAUUUAAAACUAUUUAAAGUCGACUUAAGCACUUCUUCCGUAGGAAUAAAGAUAAACUUAGAAAACUUUAAAAGAAGCGAUAAGUCAGCGAAAAAAGAAUACUUUGAUUAAUGCAUGUUCAAUUAAUUUAGAAUAAUACAUUAUAUUAGAGAAUUUAACGACUAUAGUUUUCAAAUCUCUUUUUAAUUUUUGGGAUUUAAAUGUAUCGACUAGUUUUUAUUUGUGUAUUUCUUUCAGGCAUGGGAGAAAUUAUUUCAGAUCGAUUACUAAGGCUGGGUGCAUUUGUGUAUCGCAUUAUUGAGAAUGAAAAUGAUAUGAAAUCAAUACCAAACACUAAACAACGCUGGGGUUGCAGUUAUUGA